CAGCUGUGGCCACCAGCAGCAGCUAGCUCCUAUCAGUAUCAGUAUCAGUAUCAGUAUCAGUAUCACCACCACAGCCCCCUGCUCCGGCAUCGCGCCCGGCACUCCCCGCUUCAAAACCCCGAUUCUUGUUGGCUUCUCUCGUCGCCCGACCGACCCCCAGUAGGCAGUAGCCACCCACCCAGCCGCGGCAAUGAACAUCUUGAACCAGCCCAUCGGCCCCGGCGGCGCCCACGCGGUGGCCUUCCCGGCCGGCGCCGCCGCCAAGGACGGCAUGCCGGCGUCGCUGCGCUUCGACGUCGGCCCCAGCACCGCCCACCGCGCCCCAAGGCGGCAGGCGCAGACGCUGCUUCGGGCCAGCAGCAGUAGCUACGUCGGCGCCGGGCACGCGGACGAGGCCGCCCUCCAGAGCGCGGCGGAGCAGCAGAAGGGGGCCGUGGUGCCGCCGUUCCAGCCGGUGACGCUCAACUUCCUGCGCUCGCUGCUGGACAGGGACAGCAUGACGUCCAUCGCGGAGGAGGGCGGCGAGGGCGCGGGCGUGGCCGCCGCCGCGCCCCCGCUGCACGCGCUGCGCGUGGUGGUGUCCUCCGCCGUGGCGCUCGACGCGCGCCAGACCGAGCUCAUCGCGCGCAAGAUGCGCCGGAUCACCGGCUUCGUCAACCUCGCCAUCGAGAACGUGGUGGAGCCGUCGCUCAUCGCCGGCUUCGUCGUCUGCUACGGCCUCGACGACUCGCACACCAUCGACCUCAGCGUCCGGGGCCGCCUCGCCGCGCUCAAGAACCGCGUCGACUCCUCCGACCUCGACGACCGCCUGCACCCGCGGACGCCCGCGCCGCUCCAUUGAUCCACCCGUCAAUUAUACCCAUAGUUCCACACACAACACAUACCGCGCGCACCACCACUUCGCCGUGCUUGCCGCGAGUUCAUUCACGUCGUCCGCCAUAUCUCCAUGCCAUGCAUGAUGAACUCUAUACAGACUAAGAUGGAUCGACUGCAAGUUCGUCGCCGACGACAACAGUUUUGCUAUGUAACGUUGUUGUAAAUUGUGAGGCACUUGACUAGCUUCUGCUAUUAUGUUUGUACCAAGUGUACUGUAAUACUGCUAUGGUACUGUACAAGCUGCAGAUUGUAAUUCUAUGCGAGGUUCAGGGUUACAUACUCUGUAAUCCCA